UCCCACGUACGAGAGCAAAAAUCAAAGCUUUGAAUUUCGUAGAAAAAGCUGCCGGUAGAACCACAAUUUAUUUUUAGUAGACUAUCAGUCUGCCUUUGUUAAAGUUACUUAGAAUCUAGAGCAUAUCAACCUACAGAUUUUUAUAAUAUAUCAUUCUAAAAAUAUCACAUAUGGAUUCAGAGACUAUAACACAAGAAGAAGCCGAGCAGUAUGAUCGACAGAUUCGUCUCUGGGGUCUUGACGCGCAGCGAAGACUGAGAGCAUCAACUGUACUUUUGAUUGGCUUGAAGGGCCUUGGUGCUGAGGUAGCAAAGAAUAUCAUUCUUGCUGGAAUAAAGUCAAUCACAUUUAUGGACUCUCAUGCUGUUGAAGUGGAAGACAGCAUGUCACAGUUUUUUGUUUCUAGUGCUGCACUUGGACAAAACAGAGCACAAGCCUCUACAUCUCCUGCUCAGCUGCUGAACCCAAUGGUGGCAGUAAGCUCUGACACCAGUAACCCCAGUGAUAAAGAUGACAAUUACUUUCUGCAAUUCAAUGUCAUUGUUGCCACAUGCUGUCCCCCUUCAUUGCAGUGUCGACUAGACAAACUUUGCUUUGAAAACAAAAUACAAUUUUUUUCUGGAAAUGUUUUUGGAUUUUACGGAUACAUUUUCUCAGACCUGGGUGUCCAUGAGUACUUGCAUGAGGAGAUAAAGAAAAAGCAUGCCAAACCAGGGGAAGAUAAAGCUAAGACAACAGAGGAAGUACACAUUACUAAAGAGAAAGUUGAAUUUACAAGAUUAGAAGAGGAGCUGAAAUUUGAUUUCACAUCUGAUACACCCCAAAUGAAAAGGAAAAUUCGCCAAACACCUUCAGCAUUUUUCAUCACCAGAGUUUUUGAAGAGUUCCUUGAAAUUCAUGGCAGAUUUCCUUCUACCUCCACUCUUGAAGCAGACACCAAAGAGCUACAAAAUCUUCGUGUUCAAGUGUUAAAUAAGUUGGGAGUACCUGCUAAAUCUAUACCUGAAGAUUUUUAUCUAUAUGGGUUUGGAGAGCUCAGUCCCGUUUGUGCUAUUGUUGGAGGUGUCUUAGGGCAGGAAAUAAUCAAGGCUGUCUCACAGAAAGACGCACCACUGAAUAAUUUUUUCUUCUACAAUGGAGUAAAUGACGAUGGUAUGGUAGACAAGAUGACUGAAUGAUCUCAUUUUUGCUGUGACUCAUACAUUCACUGCCAUUUUGCAAUAUAACAUCAUUUAUUUUUUGUAGUAAUUGAUGACUAUGUUGAAACUUAUUUCUUGUAAAUUUUUUUUGUUAUCAUUUUUAAAAAGGUGUUAGAAAUAACACAUUCCAAGUAUUAAGUGUUUUUAUAGCCCAGGAGGCCAUAAGAACCAAAUUUAAUCAUGUCAACAGCCAGAGGUACUGAAAUUGUUCUAAUGAUUAUUGUUUGUUACAAUGAAGAAAUUUCUUGUUUUUUUUUUCAUUGUAUGUAUUGUUAAUACAUUAAACAAAAAAAAAGGAACAAGCAUUAUGAAGAUACAUGUAAAACCCAUUAGUUUAAUAAAGAAAUUAUUGAAA